GCAAUAUUUGAAAUGACUAUGCGUAAGAUUAACCAAUAACAUAGUAACUACCAAGCCCCUUGAGCGAACAUACUUACUUCCAAAGCAUUUUAAGGUUUAAGUAUCUGUUGAAUGUAUGCGACUAGAUUAACGUCACCAGAGGCUGCCGAAAUUCUGGAUGUUUCUGCCUUACAUUAAAUCGCAAAACAUGAAUAAAUCAAUGCUGGUGUGACACAAAAAUAGUGUAUAUUGAAUGAUCACUGUUCUGAAGGUUUAAAUACUCGGCAUAAAUCUUGUCGAUCCUUUUAGUAUCUCACAUUUUUGUUCGAUGACCUUGCAACUUCGGCUACUGUUCGUAUAUCAUGAGAAAGCCAUGUCGUUCUGACGAUCUUCGCGAGAAGUAUUUGGAUAGAAAUAACAAACAAAACAGCAUCCAAAGUACUUUUAUGAAUUCAGGGCAUUAUCAAACUGCAUGUAACUGGGAGGAUGAAAAGAACAGGACGAAAGAAUUUUACGAUGAUGGAACCUCCACGUUUUUCUGGAAUGCCCACACUGUGUUGUGCUUGUUCAUAUUUGCAUGUAUUCUCAUCUACGUUGCCUUGCUAGAAAAUGGCAAUUAUUCUUCCGAAUACAAUAUGAAGCGUGGUAUUAGUGCGGUUAUCAUGGUAUUUGUCUUGUUUGGAGUUUUGCAUACACCAGAUGGCCCGUUUCUCCGACCACAUCCUGCAUUUUGGCGCUUUAUACUCUGUCUUAGCAUUCUAUAUGAGCUUAUACUAGUUUUCCUGUUAUUUCAGAGUGUAGACGAUGCUCGUCAGUGGUUACGUUACUUAGAUUUAGAGCUUGGUAAGCCUUUGGAAGAAAAGGAUUAUGGUGGGAAUUGCCGAAUAUACGAUUGGGAUAGACCAGACAAUCCAUGGCACAAUGUCAUCUCAAAAAUGGAUGGCUUCGUGACAGUUCAUUUUGUUGGCUGGUGGGCUAAAACAUUAAUCCUCCGAGAUUAUUGGAUAUGCAACGUCUUAAGUUUUGCUUUUGAAGUAUUAGAAUACUCAUUGGAGCAUCAGUUGCCAAAUUUCUCAGAAUGUUGGUGGGAUCAUUGGAUCAUGGAUUUUCUAGGUUGCAACCUUCUUGGAAUUUGGUUAGGCAUGAAAACAGUCAAUUAUUUAAGCAUGAAACCGUAUCAUUGGCGAGGCAUGUGGAAUAUUCCCAGUUACAGAGGCAAACUUCGUAGAGUUAUGUUGCAGUUUACCCCUCGUCGAUGGACUGAUUUCGAUUGGCGUCCGACUGGAAGUCUAAAGAGAUGGUUAGGGACUUUGGUUCUUGCGAUUGCAAUACUUACAGCAGAAUUGAAUACUUUUUACUUGAAAUUCGUACUUUGGGUACCACCUCCUCACUUUUUGUGUCUUGGACGUCUAAUCUUUCUGACCUUGAUGGGAGCCACUGCUAUUCGUGAAUAUUUUGAAUACCUUGAUGAUCCUAAAUGCAAACGAUUUGGGAGACAAGCAUGGAUGAUUUCAAGCAUUAUUAUAACUGAAUUAUUGAUAGUAAUGAAGUUUGGUUGGGAUAUAAUUACUAAACCAUUCCCCAGGCACAUAUCCAUCUUCUGGUCGUUGGUUUUAAUCGGUUUAGUAUUAUGGACUUUCUGGCACUUUUAUGUUGUACCUUGGUUGUUUCGAUCGAGUCGCGUAUCGAAAACUGGGAAACCAGUAGAAGAAACUAUUCAAAAUCAUCGCCCACAGAAGGCUGAAAACCCUGUUGUUUAUAGACGUAAUGCCAAGUCAUCAGUAAAGUUGUUAAAUCAUUCAUAGUCUUUUUGUUUAUCUAUGAAGAUGAUUUUAUCACAUUUUUUAAAUAGGGAAUUUCCAAAAAUAAUAUUUGUGACAA